AUGAGUGCUCAUAUUGGAGCCGUGUCCAGUGUGAACGCCUUGAUCGGCAAGGUCUUCACUCAACCAAAGGGUGACUUGGUAAGUUCUUGACUCAAAAGGAACGACAAAAACCCAGCCGUAGUGUACUAUUUACAAUUUUUGCCGUUUUUUAUGAAACUGAGAUGACUGGGGAAAAAGACGGUUGGGAAACCGAAAAGCAUUAUUUAUUCGAUGUAAGAGUCGAAAUUAGGAUAAUCGAGGGUGCUGAUUUUGAAAAUGACAUUCAUUUUUUUGAUCCUUACUUUUCUCCUUAAGUAGUACUGUAAAGUAGUAAUUUUUUUAUAAAGAAAAAACAUUUUUUUUCAUGAAUGGGCGUUUUCGAUGUUGCUGCUUUCAAAGCUUAAGUAGUACUGUAAAGCAUUACUUUUUUGAUUUUUUUAAUGAAGAAAAAAAUAUUUUUGCAUGAAAAAAAGAAAACAAAGUUCUCAAGUCACACAAAAAUGAAAAGAUUUUCGAAAUCAGCAAGGUAAAGCCCUCCACGUCGAGUGUUUGUAAAAAAGUUCAAAAAAUUACUACUUUACAGUACUACUUAAGGAAAAAAGUAGAGAUCAAAAAAAUGAAUGUCAUUUUCGAAAUCAGCACCCUCAAUUGUCCUACAGUGAGGGACCUGGUCCUGUGGCAAAAAACGUACCAUUUUGUAUCCGGGAAGAAUCAAAAAUGUGGCAAAAUGCUUCCCUGUCAAAAAACUUCAUUUUGAAAGGGCCCUUUACCUCACAAAGAGAGGGAGCGUGCUUUUGAAAUCGGAGUUUUUUCGCUUGGAGAUGGAAGCAUUUUGCCACAUUUUUUUACUUCCCGGAAGCAAAAUGGUACGUUUUUUGCCACUGGAUCAGGUCUACCACUGUCAUUUCGGCACUUGCAUUGAAGAAACAUAAUACUUUUCGGUUUCCCGAAUCGUCCAACUCCGAUUUUUUAUAUCAUCCAUCCCUUUUAUAUCUUGUCCUCUUGCAAAUUUAUAAAUCCCCCUUGCAUUUGCAGGCCGGUCGUCUGAACAGUCGAUUCACGGUGGCCAUUUUGGCGGUGAGCGCUGGUCUUUUGCUCUCCACGCACUUUUGGGGCGACCCGAUCACCUGCUGGACGCCCGCGGAAUUCCCUCGAAUUUGGUCGGAUUUCGUGAAUCAGUUCUGUUACGUGGAAGGCACGUAUUUCGCCAACCUAGACGAGCAAUUGGAAUUCAAUGACGACCAUAGGAAACGGAAUUUUAUUAGCUAUUACCAGUGGAUUCCGUACUUUUUGGCGCUUCAGGCGUUCGCGUUUUACAUGCCGCGAUUCGUUUGGAACGUUUUGGCGAGUUUUUCCGGAUUUGAUCUGGGCGGAUGCAUUAAAUAUGUGGACUCGGUAUGGCAUAAGAUCCGAGGAGGCAAUUUUCAUGGUGAGAUUUUGAAAUUUUUAUGCUGGGACAUUUUAUACGAUGAAACAUGAUUUUGAAAAUUUGGCAUGUUUCAUUGUAUGAGAUGUCACUUGUAAAAUGUAAAGUUUUGACUUGGAUCAAGUCUGAAUUAUUUUUCUUUUGAUUUACCAUUUGGUGACGUUUUACACGAUGAAAAAUGCUUUUUGAAAAUUUGGCAUGUUUCAUCGUAUAAGAUGUCACUUGUAAAAUGCACAGUUCCGACUAGGAUCAGGUUGAAAUUUUUUUCUAAUUUUCACAAUUUGUGACAUUUUAUACAAUGAAAAAAUGGAAGAAUCCCUUUUGCAUAUUUCAUCGUAUAACUUGUCCAAGUGAUUGUAUGCUACCCGAAGCACCAUGAUACCUAUUUCAGGCCGCAUGGAUCUGCUCGAAAAGCAAGUAGGAACGUAUGUCUGGGAUGCGAUUCGGUUAGCUAGACGUCAUAAACGCGGCCGCAUGGUCUUUUACUACAUUAUCUACGGCGUAAUCCAGGCCGCCAAUGCGUGGCUGAUGUUCUAUUGGCUUAAUGAUCUCAUUGACAGUCCUCUCUAUUCAUUCCAUGGUCCUUCGGUGAUUGCGGACCUGCUGUCUGGCAAGAAUUGGCAGGAAACGGGGCAUUUCCCGAGGAUCACUCACUGUGACGUGCCACGGAGAAUGUUGGCCAAUUCACCCGUAUGUUUGAGCUGAAAAUUUUUAUAUCGCGCAUUGUAAAUCCCUAAAAAAUGAUGGCAAGUGUUUUUACACACUGUGCCGAAGUUGCUGCUAUGAGUGAAACACUUGACCCGCUCUGAGUCAAGUCUUUCCCUGACUGAAAAAUCGGUAAAAUUCCACUAGAACCUUAUUUUACUGUAACCGCACAAUGACUAAGAACGUUUUCAGAAGCAAACUAUAUAGUUGAAACAUUUGACCCUGAGUGGAACACUUGACCCGCUCUGAGUCAAGUCUUUCCCUGACUGAAAAAAUUGAUAAAUCUCCAUUAGAACCUUAUUUAAUUGUAGCCCUACAAUUAUUAAGCACAUUUUCAGAAGCAAACAGUCAACUGUGUCCUCACGUUGAACAUCUACUACGAAAAAUUACUACUCUUCCUCUGGUUCUGGAUGCUCUUUGUUUGUUGUGUGAGCAGUGCCAACUGCAUGAGCUGGGUUCUCACCAUGUGUACGCCGGCUCGAUCUCAGGAGCGGAUUCGCGCUUAUUUGGCAUGUCAUGCCGGUUCAGUUUAUUUGGACAAGUUCUUUAGAGCCUUGGGUCAUGAUGGAGUCUUUGUUUUGCAUCAAAUCGCUUUGAACAUGGGAGAUUUGCCUGCUAGGUAAGCGUGCUGAUUGGUUUCUGGAAAAAUAGGGGGAUAGCAGAGUUUGUGAGUUUUUCGGUGCUGAAGACGUUUUAUACGAUGAAACAUGCCCAAGUAAAAGAUUUUUGAUUUUACAAAGGUUUUGCCGUAUAAGAUGUCGCUAGAGUGGGGGAAAAAUGAUAUAUUGGGUAAAAUACGUCCUAUAAACUCCGAUUCUCAUUUUAUACGAUGAAAGCUGCUCGGAAACGCAGAAUUUUUACUUGGGCAUAUUUCAUCGUAUAAGACGGCUCCAACAAUUUUUAAUAAAAAAAUUUAAAAUUUCCACUUUUAGCUACGUGGCAAUGGCAUUGUACAAUGUGGUGAUUGAAUUUGACCACGAAACGACAGCUUUAUUGGAGAAGUCCGGCGCCAAGGCCGUCUGA